AUGGAUCCAUUGGAAGCAUUGCAGAAGUAUGUUGCCAAGGAAGUCAAAUUCCAGGAAGUGCAAUAUGUGAGUUUGUAAAAAUUAUAUAUUUUUGAAGUUUUAUUGAUUUAUUUUGCAGAAUAAUGAAAUAUAUUAUGCUUUCGGUGACAAUGCAUAUUUAAAAAACACAUUGACUGGAAUUCCCGUAUGUUUUUUUUAAAAAAAAUAUCGGAAAUAAACAGAUAUUUUCUAGAUUUACGGUAAAACCGAUGAAUACUACACAUUGGAAGCGCUUCUUCUCUUCUAUCAAAGUUUAUCACUUGGCCAUGGAGUUUAUGUAAAAGAAGCGGCUUCUCGAGAUGUUCGUGCCAUCACAAGAAUCGACAGAAAAAGUGUUCAAGAAUUGUUGGAAGGCCGCAGAGGCGAUAUUCCAAUCAAUACAAGUCUUCCAACUCAACCGCCCAUCUCUUUGAGAUCCAUUUUAAGCAGUGAACCGGAGUCUAAACGUGCGAAACUUGAUGAAGAAGCUCUUGAGUUAGUUAUUAACGUGAUUUUUUCAAAAAAAAAAUGAAAAAUUUGCAGAGAAGAACAGCGAAGAAAUGCGCAAGCAGCUCAAGUCGAAGUUCGUGCUCUCAAUGAAAAUCUGACAGUCGAUCGGAUCGCUGAGAUGAGAAGAAAACGUCAACUUCACCAGAAGAAGAAUAUUGUGGCCACAGAGUAAGAAAGAUUUUUCUGUGAAUAAUUUCAAAAAUAUUUUUUUUUCAGUGAAAGUGCACCUGGUGGUUCAUCAUUGUCGUCGUCGACGAAAGAAAUUCCGAAGGUUAGAGAGCAUCGGACACGGGAAAAUGUGAUGCUUGGAAGUCGCGAUUUGAGCGGCGUUUUGGAUAUUAUUCAAGCCGCGCAGGUUUGUUUUUUUUUUUGUAGAACUCAACUUCUAAAAUGAGUUAUGACGUGGCAAAAUCGAAAAUUUGGGAUUUUAGGAGGUCAAACCUAGCUUUCAGAAUAGUUUUCAUCAUGAAUUUCAGAUUUCGAAAGCUAGUUUGACCUCCUAAAAUCCCAAAUUUUCGAUUUUGCCACGUCAUAGCUCAUAUUAGAAGUUGAGUUUUGCAAUUUUUGACAUCGGAAUAAUGUUUGGCAGGUCAAAAACUAAUAGAAAACAUAUAUUUUAUUAAAAAUUACAUAAAAUUCAUGUUGUCUAGUCAAUUUUGACCCGCUGAUCACUAUUCCGAUGUCAAAAAUUGCAAAUCUCAAGUCCUAAUAUGAGUUAUGACGUCGCAAAAUUGGAAAUUUGGGAUUUUAGGAGGUCAAACUAGCUUUCAAAAUGGUUAUGACUUUCAGAUUUUGAAGGUUUCUGAAAAAUCUUUCUGAUUUCUUUUUAGUAGUCCAAAAGAUUUUUCAGAAACCUUCGAAAUCUGAUGAAAACCAUUUUGAAAUCUAGUUUGACCUCCUAAAAUCCCAAAUUUUCGAUUUUGCCACGUCAUAACUCAUAUUAGAAACUGAGUUCUGCAAUUUUUGACAUCGGAAUAGUGAUCAGCGGGUCAAAAACCACUAGAAUUUUCAAUUUUUCCAGCGUCAAUGGGAAAUCGAGGAGAAAAAGGAAAAAGUGGCUGCGAUUCACGCGACAACUGGACACGGAAAUCAUCCAUCUUCACACUCUCAUCAACAAAAUCAGCAACAACAACAACAACAACAAAAUCGAAGUGGAUAUUCUCGUUAUGCACAAGAAUCGUUUGCUACUGUAAGAUUUUUAUUUAAUUUUUAUGAAAUUAAUGCUGAUUUUUGCAGGAAAAAUCACACGAAUUUCAAACCGAUCAAUCUUUUAUCGGAAGUAAUUUGCAUGCUUUGAAACAAGGAAAUGGGGGGCUAAGUGAGUUUUUUGAAAAACCCAAAGAGGAUUUUGUAAGCGAAAAUUUCUUUUAUGAAAAUCCGCAUGUUGAAAUUCUGAACAAUUUUCAAAAAUUUGUAAUUCACCUCAAAAUCAACCGCAUUUUGAAGCUUGAGUGGUCCUCUUUGGAUUACUGUAGAGUCCUUAAUUCAAAGUUUGAUAAUACAGUGCGCCCAAUAAAUAUAGGACACCCCCAGUUUUCAUAGUAAUUCAGUGAAUGGUAACUGAUAAGAAAAAUCUGUUAAGUGGAGUCAACUCAGGACCCAAAAUAACCCCCGGAAACCAACUUUGGUCGAAUAUGAGAUCUUUCGUGAUACCGAACCAUGAAAUCUGUGAUUUUCAAGCGCCCAAUAAAUAUAGGACACCCCCAUCAAAAAUCGGUUUUGUGACUCGAUAUUGCUAUAAUUUGAUUCUGAGCAUGUUUAUAACAUGUUGUUAAUGUAUUUCCUAUCAUUUCCUCUCAAAAGAAAUUGCCACGUGGCGUUUUUCUAACAGAUCAACGCUCUUGACCGUAAAAUCUCAUCAUGACAGAAAUUUUCGAUUUUUUCGAAUGAAAUGUUGUUUUUUAUGAUUUUCUUGAGUUUAAAAAUGAUAAACCAUUUAAUUCCAACAAUACCCACUCAUUUCUGAUCAUUAGAUCUGCAGUUAUGACAUUGCUGAUUUUCCGAUCUUACGAUGUUUCCAUCUAGAACUUCGAUUUACAUGAUUUUUUUUCGACAAAAAAUUGUCCCGGAGUAACUUUCUCAUGUUUUGAAUACAUUCUGACGAUUUAUUCUUAACUUAACAUCAUUUAGCUGAUUUUAUAGUGAAUUUUCAGAAAAACAACGAGUUUCAGUUAGUUUUCCAUUGAAAACUGUUAAAUUUCAGUAAAUCCGGAUUAAUCAUUGAGAUACGGCUACUAGGGUUGUUAUGAUAUUUGGAAAUAACUGUAUUAUUAAUGAGUAACAGUUCUCUGAAGGUUUUGAAGAAAAAAUUGAAGUAUAUUCGAAGUUCUAGAUGGAAACAUCGUAAGAUCGGAAAAUCAGCAAUGUCAUAACUGCAGAUCUAAUGAUCAGAAAUGAGUGGGUAUUGUUGGAAUUAAAGGGGGGGUAAGACGACAAAAUUUUUUUGUCGCAAAGUUAAAGGCUCCCCAAAAGUAGUAAAACCUCCAAGGGAUUUUUUCUGGAAACGUCCAGAAAAAAUGUUCCAUAAACUAGGUACCACGUAUAGGUAUACGUUGAAUUUAUUCCAUAAACUUUCGGUCAACGUAUACGUUGAAAAAAGUUCAUGGAAUAUUUUUUUCGGACCUUUUUAGGCCUUUCGAGAAAAAAUCCCCUGGGGCUUUUACUAUUCAAAGGGAGCCCGAUUCAUUGAGCAAAUAAAAUUUUGUCGUCUUACCCCCCUUUAAAUGGUUUAUCAUUUUUAAACUCAAGAAAAUCAUAAAAAAUCGAAAAUUUCUGUCAUGAUGAGAUUUUACGGUCAAGAGCGUUGAUCUGUUAGAAAAACGCCACGUGGCAAUUUCUUUUGAGAGGAAAUGAUAGGAAAUACAUUAACAACAUGUUAUAAACAUGCUCUGAAUCAAAUUAUAGCAAUAUCGAGUCACAAAACCGAUUUUUGAUGGGGGUGUCCUAUAUUUAUUGGGCGCUUGAAAAUCACAGAUUUCAUGGUUCGGUAUCACGAAAGAUCUCAUAUUCGACCAAAGUUGGUUUCCGGGGGUUAUUUUGGGUCCUGAGUUGACUCCACUUAACAGAUUUUUCUUAUCAGUUACCAUUCACUGAAUUACUAUGAAAACUGGGGGUGUCCUAUAUUUAUUGGGCGCACUGUAGUACUCUACAGUAAUCCAAAGAGGACCACUCAAGCUUCAAAAUGCGGUUUUGAUCGAGUUUUUUCGUUGAGUUUGAGAUGAAUUACGAAUUUUUGAAUUACGAAAUUCAUAAGCUAUUCCUCAUAAAUUGUCAAUUUUAGAGCCAGUUGAACCAUCUCCAAUGCGACAAAGUGGAAGUUCGAAUAUCAUGUCGAAAUCGCCGAUGAAUAGUGGUUCUGGAGGAAAACGACCGUCUCGAACACCGAUUAUUGUUGUGCCGGGAGCGUUGACAAGUUUGAUUACGAUUUAUAAUGCCAAGGAUAUUUUGCAGGUGAAUUUUUUGAGGGUGGUUUUUUUGUGAAAUAUAUCUGAAAAAUUAUGAAACCUAUUUUUCACGGGGUUAUUUUUAAACUCAAAAUCUCAAAUUUUUGACAAUUGGGAAUUCUAUGCCAAGAAGCCGCGCCUAGAGAAUCUAAUUCUCAAGCAGCCGCGCCUUGAGACCCGCAUUCUUAAGAAGCCGCGCCUAGAGAACCUUUUUAGUCUUGGAUCGGCUCCUAGAGAUCCACCCUGUCAAGGAACCGCGCCUUGAGAACCUAGAUGUCAAGCAGCCGCGCCUUGAGACCCGCAUUCAUAAGGAGCCGCGUCUAGAAAUCCUAGUUGACUAGUAACCGCCCCUUCAGACCCUAGUUCUCAAGUAGCCGCGCCUAGAGAACCUUUUUGUCUUGUAUCGGCUCCUAGAGAUCCACUCUGGCAAGGAGUCGCCCCUUCAGACCCUAGUUCUCAAGUAGCCGCGCCUAGAGAAUCUAAUUCCUCAAGGAACCGCGCCUAGAGAACCUUUUUGUCUUGAAUCGGCUCCUAGAGAUCCACUCUGGCAAGGAGUCGCGCCUAGAGAAUCUAAUUCUCAAGGAGCCGCGCGUAGAGAACUUCUGUCUCAAGUAACCGCGCCUAGAGAACUUAGAUGUCAAGUAGCCGCGCCUAGAGAGCCUUUUUGUCUUGAAUCGGCUCCUAGAGAUCCACUCUGGCAAGGAGCCGCGCCUUGAGACCCGCAUUCAUAAGGAGCCGCGUCUAGAAAUCCUAGUUGACAAGUAGCCGCCCCUUCAGACCCUAGUUCUCAAGGAGUCGCGCCUUGAGAACCUUUUAGUCUUGAAUCGGCUUCUAGAGAUCCACCCUGUCAAGGAGCCGCGCCUUGAGAACUUAGAUGUCAAGGAUCAGCUCCUAGAGAACCUAACUAACCGCUCCUCGAAUUUCCCAAUCCAAAAAAAAAUCUGAAAAUUUCGCAGGAUCUCACAUUUGUCCCAUCUGCCAAGCGAAAAUCUGAAACCAACAAAAAACUAGUGGAUGUCAUAAUUCAACGCGUCAAAAAUGGACAAACUUGUAAGCUUUCAAGAUUUUUUCCACCAAAAAUCUGAUUUUUUUUCCUCCCAGAUAAUAUUCGAGUGAUUGAUCAAGUUGAUAAAUUGACAAAUGAGGAUUAUGAUCGAAUUAUUGCGGUUUUUGCGCAGGUUUGAUUAUUUUUAAAUUGAAAAAAAUGCAAAAAAAGUGUAUUUUUAGGGUGUUAGCUGGCAAUUCAAAGGUUGGAAAUGGAAUGGAGUUCCAACUGAUAUUUUCACACAUAUUCCUGGUUUUCAUUUGUAUUCGGAAAAUGAUAAACCACACGGUCAAGCCAGUCAAUGGAAUGUGACUCGAAUCCCAGUCGCCGUCACAAAACGACACACAGAUCGCGCGAAAUUCAGCUCAAUGUGGGAGCACAUUGAAAAUUCGGUUCGAAAAACCAAACCGCAUUUGUGUCAACGACUUGGUUUAUAA